CGCGAGGGACGCCCCGAGAGUCGGCGACCCCGAAGUGGAGCCCGAGCCGGAGUCGGCGGAGCCCUCAGUCCCGCCAGGCGCCUGCCGCACGUCCCGCCAGACCUGCUGCCGGUUGGGACCAGGUCUCGCCGCUACGUGGGCUGCCCACUGUGCAACUCGGUCAGCCGGGAUCACCUGUGAUUGGUGUUCAGGGCUGCUCUGCACACAAACUGAAGCCUGACCUGUCCUCACCGGCUUGCAAGCAGAGCAACUGCCUUCUUUCUGCUCCCCCCGACUCGGAAAGCCAAGGUAGGACCCCGGGUGCCAAGGACGUGUGUCCAAUGCAGGACUCUUCACUGUCCUGCCAGUGAACAAAGAAACGUGGACCCUCUGCCACCUCUAGGUAUUGCAGCUGCACAGUCCCAGCAGCUGGCACCUGGUGGCCUUCUGACUGCAGGGAGGUGACAGCAGAGUCCCCUAGAUACUGAUUGGCUCCUGGGCCAGCAGCGUGUGAGAUGGGACGUACGUCGAAAGACAAGCGGGAUGUCUACUACCGCCUGGCCAAGGAGAACGGCUGGCGUGCCCGCAGCGCCUUCAAGCUGCUGCAGCUGGAUGAGGAAUUCCAGAUCUUUAAGGGUGUGACACGGGCUGUUGACCUGUGUGCAGCCCCAGGCAGCUGGAGCCAGGUUCUGAGCCGGAAGAUUGGGGCCCAGGGGCCUGGCCGAGUGGUGGCUGUGGACCUACAGGCUAUGGCUCCACUGCCAGGUGUGAUCCAGAUCCAGGGGGACAUCACCCAGCUGUCCACUGCCGAGGAGAUCAUCCGGCACCUGGAGGGCUGCCUGGCGGACCUGGUGGUGUGUGAUGGGGCUCCCGAUGUGACUGGGCUCCAUGACGUUGAUGAGUACAUGCAGGCCCAGCUGCUCGUGGCGGCUCUGAACAUCGCCACACACGUCCUAAAGCCAGGAGGCUGCUUCGUGGCCAAGAUCUUUCGCGGCCGAGAUGUGACACUUCUCUACAACCAGCUGCGUGUCUUCUUCCCCAGUGUUCUGUGUGCCAAGCCCAAGAGCAGCCGCCACUCCAGCAUCGAGGCCUUUGCCGUCUGCCAGGGCUACGACCCUCCCGAGGGCUUCCGGCCAGACCUGAGCCAGCCCCUGCUGGGCCAAUCCUACGAUGUCAGCCAGCUGGCUGGGCCCACCCGCGUCAUUGUGCCUUUUGUCAUUUGUGGGGACCUCAGCGCCUAUGACUCGGACUGCAGUUACCCACUGGAGCAACAAGAUGGCUCUGAGCAUAAGUACAGCCCCCCCACAGAACCCCCCUUCCCUCUCCCACGCCAGGGGGCCUGUGCGUUGAAGAAGGGAUGGAUAGCCAAAGAGUUCCACCCUCAGGCCUAUCCCGGCAACAGAGUGGACAUGUGGUCCCAACCCCUGGCCACCCCUCAGUACCACAUCCUGCUUGCCCCUAGAUGGCAGAUAGUAAGACUGAAAAGGAUUGUUCACAUUCCAUUUGCUGACAGUCUGAUAAAAACACUGACGCUGCUCGGUACCAGGAAAGACAAAUUGUGAGUUGAUCCUAGUAACAAAAUCAUGUCAACUGUGGGCCUGAGCAAACAGGGCACAGGUUGGAGUUUGCAGUGGCCACCACAGGGACGCGAGGAAAGCAGCAGAAUAUAGGUGUGCGGGAUUCCUGAUGGGCCCUGCCUCUUGUCUGCCUCUGCCGAGGUGUGCUUAUGUCCACAAUUUCCCCAGAAAAUAGAUUUGUAGCCUGCAUAAAGGAUAGCUGUGAGUGACGGAGGAAAUCCCACUUACUUUGAUGAAUGAAUGAAAUUUAGCUUGAUUCCCAGUUAUAAAUGCUGGCAACAAAUCACAGUAGAAAAAAAGCAUCACCUUCAAUUUUCCCACCAAUACAAAAAACCCUUAUUUCAUGUUACAGUUGGAGGUAUAUAACAAUAUUAUUUAUAUUUGUCAUCACUGUGAAUGAUAGCAGAUUUCAUAAUUUGAUGUCCUAAUGAAAAAGAACCACUCCCCCUCCAAAAAAAAAGCUUAAUCCAACGUAAACAUGUAAGUAGGUUGAAGAUAAAAAGAUGAAAAGACUUUAUAUCAUGAAAACAUUAGUCAGGAAGGAAAAGCAUGUGUGGAUAUACCAACAUCAGAGACGAAAUUUAAAGGCGAAGUGAUUGCUAUGGACAAGCAGGACAUUGCAUUGCUCCGUCAAGAAGACAGCCAUGCUGAAUGUGUGCACCAAGAAACAAGGCUUUAAGAGGCACUGUUGAUGAUAAUGGAGGAAGAACUGGUCUGUAACCAUAGUUGAAUAGCCGCAUCCCCACCCUCAGCAGUGGAUGAAACUGCUGGACAGAGAGUAAGUGAAGUUGCAGGUGAAUUGAACAGGACCAAGUGAACAUUUAAGACCGUUCCACCCAACAUGAACACAGGUCCUUUCCGUACACCCCUGGAACAUUCUCCAGCUUUAAACUAUCUUAUGUCAGAGAGCAAAUCCCAACUGGAAUUUGUAAAAUUCGUAGUUAAUUUACUCUCUGAUGACGCUAAAAUCAAGUUAGAAAGUAAUCAGUAACAGAAUCAGAAUAGCCAAACCCUUGGAAAUUAAACAGUAUAAUUUCUACUUGCAAUUAGUGGAUCAAAGAGUCUCAGUGGAGAAAGAAAUGCAUUCGGAAGAAUGAUGAUAGAGAUACAGUAUACCCCAGUAAGAGAAUGAAGAGUUAGGCCACAGUCUGGGAGAGCUUUUCAAAGUACAUACUUAGGCAAGGACCACUGUCUAUAAUAUACAAGAACUCUUAACACUCAACAGAGGAACAAACAACUACGUCUAUAUAAACAUACUUCACCAAAGGGGAUGUGUAGGUGGGGAAACAUCUGGAAAAGCAAUCUGUAUCAUUUGUCUUUAUGGAAUUACAAGUUAAAUCAACAGUGGGAUGUCACCAUGCACCUGUUAGGAUGGCUGAGAUAGGAAAAAUUGACAGCACUUUACUCCUUUGCAGGAUAUUCAACAACAGUUACUGCCGGGGAGUACAAAAGUGCCGAGGCGGCUCUGCAGUGUCUUCCAGAGCCAGACAUUGUCCUGUGUUAGGGACUGGAUUAUUCCCCUCCAAGGAGAGGCUUAGGAGUCCUACCCCAGGACCUGUGAGUGGGACUAUGAGAUCGUGUGGAAUUAGGAUAGGUCCCCCCGCCCCCACCUGGCAUUCCUAGGGGACGGGAGGCAGACACACAGACCACAAUGCACGAAGCUAAAUGAAGACAGAGUCUGUGAAACUGUCUAAUCUAGUUCGACAUUCUGGAAGCUGCAGAGCCCUAGAGACAGGUUUAAAAAGCAGGGCCUGCCAGGGCUCUCUGAGGGAGUGGAGGCUGGGAGGGUGGAGGCUGAGAGGUGAAAGACUGGGCGCUAGGGAGGGCGGGCUGGUUCCCUGUAGUGGAAAUGUGCUAUGCCUUUGUCUAAACUCAUGGAAUUGUACAGCACAAAGCGAGACUUUUAAUGAAUGUAAAAUGAAGGAAUAGCUUAGGUGGUUGGGGGCUUUCAGGGUGGGGUGCAGACUGUGAUGGAAGAAUCUGUGAUUCCCUAAAAGUGCAGUGGUGGUGACCCAGGUAACCCUGGAAAAGAGUGUAGCCUUCCAGAGUGAGGGUCAGAGUGGCGCAGGAGCUCUUUGCUCUGGCUGCUCUCUGUGUUCCCCAGAGAGAGGGUAUGAAUUUCUGCCCAGCCCUGCAUGUACACACUCAUGGACUGAUUGGAUGCGGGUGGUGGGAGAGGGCACCUGCGUAAAGUACAGACGUCUGAACCAAGUGUGGACUUCAGCCAUAGUGCAACAGUGCUGUCUGUUAACUGCACAUGAACCGCCAGUGGGAGAUGCAAAAGAACUUGUGAAGGAGCUGAAAAGGCAGAAGACUGACUUGGAUAAACCACGUGUUUGGCAGAUGAUUCAUCUGGAACAUACAAAGGAUCCUCAAAACUCAGCAAUACAGUAAACAACAUGCUGCUUUAUGACCCAACAAUUGCAAUGCUGGAUUUAUCCAGAAAAAAAUCUAUGUUAAAAAAAAGUAAGCCAUGUACGCAAGCAUUCAUAACAGUUUUACUUUUGAUUGCCCAAAAUAAGAAACAGCCUCAGCAUCCUUGACUAGGUAGAUGGUUAACUACAAUGUGGAAUACCAUGGACUGCUACCCAGCAAUAAAAAGAAGCAACCAGUUGUUGCAUACAACUCAGAUGGAUUGUGAGAAUUAUCAAGGUAGAUUUAAAAAGCCCAUCUCAGGAAGUUAUAUAUUGUACAAUUACACUUAUGUAAUAUUCCUGAAAUAAUAUGAGAGGAAGCAGUUGAAGGAUUCCAGAGGUCGGGGAUGUGGUGUGGACGGGGAUGGCUGUGGCCAUCAAGUGA